AUGGAUGACACCGGUAUUGUCAUCGACCCUCAAUUGCCCAAGACCGACAUCAUCGUCUUGAACAACAUCAUCGGCGACAUCCGCGAAGCAAGGGCAUCGAAGGCUUCGUCUGGCUCCGAGACAUCGUCCGGUGCUGCGACCCCUGAUGAUAGCGAUGAAGCUUCCUCUAGCGGCCGUUCUUCAACGAGCGCAGGCACUCGUCGUGGGCGACGUACACCGCCAGAGACGGAGCGAUUGAUUUCCGAUAACGGCGGCCAAAAUGAACCAACAACAGCCACAAGCGGUGAUUGGGAUGCCCGCCACAGAGCGGCGCUCGAGUCGCUCGAGGCGAUGAGCGACCCGAAGCAUGCAGACUUUGAGCCUACCGUCUUUGUCUCAACUGAUCUCCGGGACCUGCAGCUGCCCACGGCCGUCAACCACUGGCUACUGCAGCCCUACAUCCGCUGGGCGCAGGGCAUCGUGCGCACCAAGACCGACGUGGUCAUGUGGACGCACCUGCUCAUCUACUUCACCACCACCAUCCCGAGCGCCGCGUACCUGCUCCUUGUGCACUUCUCCUGGACCCACGGUGUGCUGCACUUCCUCAUGCAACUCUUCUACAUGCCCACGUACACGCUCAUGAUGCACCAGCACAUCCACCAGCGCGGCGUGCUGGCCAAAAGCUGGGCCUGGCUGGACCGCUCCUUUCCCUUCGUCCUCGAUCCGCUCAUGGGUCACACAUGGAACUCGUACUACUACCACCAUGUUAAGCACCACCACGUCGAGGGCAACGGGCCGGGAGACCUGUCGUCGACCAUCUACUUUCAGCGCGACAACGUCUGGCACUUUGCCCAGUAUGUGGGUCGCUUCUACUUUUUGAUCUGGUUGGACCUGCCGCUGUAUUUUAUGCGCAAGAAGAAGUACGAGCUGGCCGCCCGCGCCGCAUGGUCCGAGUGCUUCAGCUACUUUGCCAUGUAUUGUCUGUGGAAGUUCCUCGAUUCCAGAGCGGCCUUUAUGGUUGUCAUACUCCCUUUCCUGCUGCUGAGACUGGCGUUUAUGGCUGGAAACUGGGGACAGCAUGCGUUCGUGGACUGGGAGGAUGCGGACUCUGACUACAGGUCCAGCAUCACUCUGAUUGACGUGCCGAGCAACCGCUACUGCUUCAAUGACGGGUACCACACUUCCCACCAUCUCAACCCCCUGAGGCAUUGGCGCCAGCACCCCGUGUCUUUCAUCAAGGAGAAGGAGACAUACGCGCGUGAGAAGGCACUCGUGUUCCACGGCCUUGACUUCAACAUGAUCACCAUCAAGUGCCUGCAGAAGGACUACAUGUACCUGGCCCAACGCCUGGUACCUCUUGGUGAUCAGGUGCACAUGACGAUGGAUGAGCGCGCUGAUAUGCUCCGCCAGCACACGCGACAGUUCACCAAGGAGGACAUUGCGCGCAAGUUUAGGACGACUUCGUGA